GUAUAAAAUCUGGAGUGAUCCAUGUACCACAAAUUAGUUUCAUUUACUACAUUGCGGACUAAACAGUAAAAUUUAUUCACGUCAACAUGGUCACUUUUAAUAUAAAAUCGUCCCCAUUAGUCUGGACUUUGUGCAUUUUGGCGUUAUUCCACGCAUCUCACGCAAUCGGACGAGACGAAGUUAUCACACGGGCGGAAACAUGGCUUAAUCCACCCGUUCCGUACAGCCAGUCUGCGUACAAAGACGGAUACCGUACCGAUUGUUCUGGUUACGUGUCAAUGGCGUGGAACACUGGGACCAGUUAUACUACCCAAUCACUCGUCGGGGUCACGACCGCCAUUGCGAAGGGUGACCUGAAAAAGGGUGACAUUUUGCUCAAAAGUGGCAGUCACGUGGUUAUUUUUCACAGUUGGGCGAACUCUGGACAGACGCGAUAUUUGGGUUAUGAACAGGUCGGUGGAAAAAUUGGGAAGACGAAGAAAUGGAACAUUCCUUACCCGUAUUGGAACGGAGCUACCGGGUAUCAGUCAAGGCGAUAUAAUAACAUUGCUUAAAAUCUACCAAUAACCUUUGAGAUAAGUUUUUAAUAUAACCGGACGGACAUGAAGGGUACAUUAGCCCUGACUUUGCUACACAAAAUUCGGACUUUAUGUAUGCAUUAAUGUCGAGAGAAAUAAAUCAGAAUUAGCGAUUAAAUUGUAAUGAA